AUGGCUGCGGAGGCCAUGCUGGCAGACGGUGCAGGAGUGUCAGUAAGCCAUGGACUUGCUCUCCUUGACAUUGUCAAACACGCUUUGCGGACUGUGAUACAGCUCCUCAAUGGAAAAGACAGACUUGCCAUAGUAGCCUACAGCAACACAGCAAGCGUUAUCCUGGAGCUGACGCCCAUGACCCCAGAGGGUCAGCAGAGAGCAGAACUGCGACUGCACCAGCUGAUUCCAGAUGGCAUGACGAACCUUUGGGCUGGCCUCGAAACAGGCAUCCAGCUGCUCGCUGCCGCAUCCGAUGGUUUGAGGCUGCAGCACCUGCUGCUACUCACGGAUGGUAUUCCGAAUAUCAAUCCGCCACGUGGCAUCGUUCCAAUGUUGAAGCGGCUCAAGGACAAGUGUGGUGGAAGGCUGCCCUGCAGUGUGAACACGUUUGGCUUCGGGUACGAGCUGGACAGCGAGCUACUUCACGAGCUGGCCAGACUCAGCUCUGCCUCCUAUGCCUUUAUUCCUGAUGCGGGCUUUGUGGGCACAGUCUUCGUCAAUGCCGUGACAAAUUUGUUGGUCACGAUGGGGGCAAACCCUGUGCUGACGCUGACCGCAGAUCAGGGUGCUUCUUUGCCGCUAUGUGCAGUUCCUGGUGGCCUUGUCGUGAAGCAAGUUGCUGGUGGAUUGCAGGUGGAGCUCUCCAGCUUACAGUUUGGCCAGACCCGACAUGUCCUGGUGCGUGGUGCCCCAAUUACAGGCGCUCUUUCGGCAAACCUGGAUUAUUGCACCCGCAACCGAAACAGACGCAAUGCCUCUCUAACAUGCCGGCUUUGUCAGCUGCCGGCUGCUGAAGGCAGUAUUGACCAGAAAGCCCGAGUGCUGCUUGUGGAUGGUGUGCGGAUGGCCAUGAGUGCCCUGAAGCAAACAAAUUUGGACAAGCUGAAAGACAUGCCUCUACCGCUUCCAACGGCGCAGGAGCAGAUCAAGCAGCUGGAGACCUCCAUCAGAGCAUUGGGUGGCAUCUCUGAGGCUGUUGAGGCAUUGUUGGAGGAUCUGUCAGGGCAGGUCGCUGAGGCCUUUUCUCGCGAAGAAUGGUAUACGAGGUGGGGCAUCCACUUCCUUCCAUCCUUGCUUUGUGCGCAUGCCUGCCAGCAGUGCAACAACUUCAAGGACCCCGGAGUCCAGCACUAUGGAGGUGAGCUGUUCGGAGACCUGCGGGACAAGGCCGAUGAGGUUUUUUGCAACCUGGAGGCCCCGAAGCCGCAGCCGCGACCAUCUCUGCCAAAGGCACUGCCAGCUCCAGCUGCCCCCUCCCGUCCUGUUCAGGCUGCUCGCGUGGUGGACAUGUCCGUUUACUACGACGCGAGCGCUGGCUGA